AUGCUGGAGAAAAAGCCCAAGCUGCCAGUCCGGCAGCUUCUGAUUCUUUCAAUAUGCCGAUUUGCAGAGCCUGUCGUUCUGACGGCCGUUCUACCGUAUCUUCCUGAAAUGAUCGAAUACCUGGGCGUCCCCAAAAACGAGGUCGCCAAAUGGGUCGGCAUCAUCUCCGCCGUCACGUCGGGCUGCCAAGCCUCCAUGGCCGUAGUCUGGGGCACGAUCUCCGACACUGCCGGCCGCAAACCCAUCAUCCUGCUCGGUCUUUCCUUCACCAUGAUCUUCUCCCUGAUCUUUGGCUUCUCCCAGUCGCUGGGCAUGUUGAUCGUCGCCCGCGCCAUGCAGGGCUUCAUGAACGGCAACGUCGGUAUCCUGCGAACCAUGGUUGCGGAACUCGUUCCCGAGCGGGAACUGCAGCCGCGCGCGUUCAGCGUCAUGCCUCUCGUGUGGACUGUGGGGAGUAUCUUCGGUCCGGCUUUUGGGGGCGCCCUGGCGCGUCCGGCCGAGAAACAUCCGGAGCUGUUUGGGCGUUAUGAGUUUUUCAAGAAGUAUCCGUUCGCGCUGCCGAAUUUGGCUGCUGCAGCGCUUUUUGUUGUAGGGAUUGUUACGGGGUUUUUGUUUUUGCAUGAAACAUUGGAAUCCAAAAAAGGCCAUCGCGAUUAUGGCCUGGUACUGGGUGAAAUUCUUACGAGUCCAUGCACGUCGCGCAGGAGAAAAAGAAAGAGCAGAUUCCAUUCCUCCAAGACGGAAAAUGACGAGACGGCUGCUCUGCUUGGAAACAGAGAAAGUCAACCCCAGCAGAGCCGCAAGGAGGCACCAACGGAACGGCCGAGUUGGAGCCAGGUUUUUUCUCCGCAGUCCAACCUCGUCCUGCUGGCGUACACCAUGUUAGCGACGCACACCAUGGCGUUCGACUCACAGUUCCCGGUCCUCAUGCAUUACCCUGUGCAAGAGAUCCACAGCAACCCCGAUGUGAAACUCCCUUUUAAAUUUGCUGGUGGAUUUGGCGUUGAUGCCCAAACAAUCGGCAUCUUCUACACCCUAAUCGGCACAAUGGGAAUGUUCAUCCAAUUCCUCUUCUUCCCCUGGGCAGCAAAACGCUACGGCGUGCUCCCCUGCCUCCGCACCGUAUCCAUCCUCUUCCCUAUAAUCUACGCCAUAGUCCCCUUCACCGUCCUAGUCCCCCAUGCCCUGCGUAACAUAACCAUCUCUUUCCUCAUCCUCUCCAGACUGGCUGCCGGCAUCUUCUGCUUCCCCUGUUGUAUUAUUUUGCUCACGAAUUCCGCGACCAGCCGGUCCGUCCUGGGCACGUUGAACGGUGUCGCGACCAGUAUUAGUGCGGUAGGGAGGGCCGUCGGACCGGCUGUUCUAGGUACUACUUUUUCGUUCGGGAUUAAGAUUGGGUUUUUGGUUGUUCCUUGGUGGACGCUGACGGGGAUUGCGGUUUUGAGUGCCUUGCCUGUCUUCUGGAUUGUGGAGGGAGAUGGAUUAGGUGAUGAAGACAACGAAGGUAAUGAAGAUGAUGACGACGACGACGAUGAUGAUGAUGAUGAAUCUCAAUACGACGGAUGCCGGAAACACUUUGUUGGUACCUACGGCGCUACGGGUGCGACUUCUGAAUCUAGCGGUUCGCGGUCCACAUGA